CCAGGAAAAUUUAGGCUAUUCAGAGGGUUCAAAUAUUUGCACAGUUUUAUUUUUUUUAGGGGAAAACGAAGAAUUGAUUUUUGUAACCCGGUUUCGGGUAUCCGUAGUGGAGCCCGAAUAAAUUUGAAUUCGCGCCGGAAAGUGAAGAGGAGAUCAUUAUUAUUAUUAUGUGUCCUUUAAGAUUCGUAUUGGUGUUUUUUUCAGCAAUAUUGGCUGGUUAUUUUGCUUGGAAAACCGUUCGUUCUUUCCCGGAUGAUCAGGAGAAUGAGGAUUCUGUGCACAAAUCCAAAGAAGAGAAACGAGAAUUCAAUUCCGCUAAGGUGAAUUUUACUCAUAUGAUUUCAAAUGGAUUUUGGGUAUUUGUGGAUAUGGCUAGUGGCAAAUAUUUAUGGAGGAAUCUCAAGUCACUGCACAAUGAAAAGAGCUAUUAGAACGACAAUGAGGUGAAAGUUCAGGUAGCCAAUCAACUGAGCUAAUAAGAUUUCAUCGACAACGGGGAAUUUAAUGGUGUUGCUAUGGAUGAAUUGUAAUAUUAAAAUUUCUUCUAUUUUUAAGUUGUAUAUUAAUGUCUAUUUUGUAAUUUCUCUAUGUAAUUUGUAAAAGUGUGUGUUUGAGAUUUGAGAAUAUUGCUUCAGUUUAAAAGAAGAAAGCGAUCCCUAA